AUGGAGUUUGACAUAAAUUAUGCUCCACAAAAAGCAAUCAAAGGUCAAGCAUUAGCAGACUUUCUCGCGGCCCAUCCUUUGCCCGAUGAAUCUCCCUUGGGAUGUGAUCUCCCUGAUGAAGAGACUUUGGUAAUUGAAGAGGGAAAACAAUGUUGGAAGAUGUAUUUUGAUGGAGCUUCUUCGAUACAACCAGCUAUUAGGCCUAAAAUUACUCAAGUUAGAGCUGGUAUUGGGAUUAUCUUUAUUUCUCCUGAAGGUGGGAUCCUGAGAUAUUCUCUUUCUUUGUUGAAGCCAUGUACUAACAAUGAAGCAGAAUAUGAAGCUCUUAUUGCUGGAUUGGAGCUAGCAAUCAAUAUGGGGAUUCAAAGCUUGCAUAUAUAUGGCGAUUCACAACUCAUUAUAAAUCAAGUUGAACGAAGUUUCAAGACUUAUAAGCAAGAACUUCUUCAAUAUCAUCAGAAAGUUAUUGAAUUAUUGAAGAAAAUCCUUGAUGUUAGGAUGGAGAAAGUUUCGAGGUCUGUUAAUAUAAAAACAGAUAGUUUAGCCAAGCUGGCAAAAGAGUUAGCUGAUCUAGAUCAAGAAGAAAUCCAAGUCACCAUUCGAAAUAAGAGGGUCUUGAGUUCAUGUUUUGAUGAAGAGUUAGAAAAUAAACAGAUCAGAAAAGAAGAAGUUCUAACAGUGGCUGAAGAUGAUUGGAGAGUCCUUCAUUCGAUACUUGAAGUAUGGCGAACUUCCAAAUGA